GUUUUCAUUUGUUUAUGUCGCACAAAAUACAAUUACAGCUCACUGCUGAUGACAUUAUGAUUCUAAUUUAUCGCUUUCAUAACUCUCAGGUGGUGAGUCAAUGCUUUCGGGCAGUCUUUUAGCUGGUAUUUUGAGUGGUGAUGAAUGCGAGAAGAGAUUUCUGAAGAUUGACAAUUGUACAGCAAAUAGUAAAGUAGCCAGGAUUGAUCUUUGUGAGAUCAGCGAUGGGAAAUUGAGCGCAAAUUUUGAUAUUAUAAAACCAUUGGAUGAGUUCUUGAUCGAGUUUUGUUUCUUCCGAUCAAUAAAUAAAGUUUUCAACCAACUCGGAAAAUGUCAAUUUAUGAAUCAUUGUGACUUCAUGUCAGCUCAAAAACAAAGCGACUUAAGUCCAAUGUUAAGGAAGUUUGUGAGUUUUUGGAAGUUUGCUGGAAUUGAAGGCGUUAAAAUUUCGUGUCCUGUAAUUGGAAAUAUAACAUUUAACAAGUUGGAUAUAAGCAACAAUUUUAUGUCAUUUAUUCCAAAAGGAAUUAUGAAAUUGGUCACUAAAACUUACAACAAUCAGGAUGGAAUGAUUUUUAUUUUGUCUGCUGUAUUUUCAAAGUGUGAAAGAAAAUUUGUAAAAAUUGAAAAUUGCACAUCAAAUGAAAAAAUUACUCGAGUUGAGCAGUGUGAAAUUCACGAUGGAAAGUUUAGCGGAGUCUUUAAUAUUUUGGAAUCAUUGGAUGAGUUUAUGCUAGAAAUUUGUUUCUUCAAAUCUGAAGACAAAACAUUUCGUUCCCUCGGAAAAUGCCAAAACUUCAAUCACUGUGAGUUCGUAAAGAAUCAAAAGCAGUACAUUGCAAGUCCACUGGCGAGAAAGUUGAUUGCAUUUUGGAGAUAUUCUGAUGUUUCUGGAUUCUUUAAGCCAUGUCCAAUAAUUGGAAGGAUUGAGAUGCUCGGUGUGGAUUUGAAUGUUGAUUUUAUGACAUUCUUUCCGAAAGGAAUCUUGAAGGCUACUAAGAGGGCUUAUAAUAAGCAGUAUGACUUGAUAUUUCUUGUGUCUACUGUGUUUGCUAAUAAUUAG